AUGGCUUUGCUUUCAAAUAUGACAGCUGUUGUUGUUUGCGUAAUCACGAUUACAACGAUCGGAAAUCUUGACUUGGCUCAGUCUCGAUACACGAUUGACAAGACGAAAGUGUUGAAAGACCAAGUGCUUUAUGGGUAUGCGUUCCGCAACCUCACGAUGAAGACUGUGGACGAAUGUUUCUUGGCCUGCUACGAAGACUGUUUUUGUAUGUCAUUUCAAAUGUGCAGUCAGAAUACAGAAUGUCAGCUGUUGUCCUCCAACCAAUUUCGCUUACCGUCUGACCUGCUUGACAUGACUGGAUGUUCAUAUUAUGAUAUGCUUCCAGAUCUUGAAUUGAUCGAAACAGGAUGUAACACUCGGCCAUUUUGUCGUUUGCAAGACGGCGUUUGCCAUAAUAACGCGAAGUACGUCAUUAUCACGCCAUCGGAUUACACGACACGACGCUUUAAAUGCAUUUGCCCCCCUGGCUACACAGGUGACCUUUGCCAAUAUGGUCCACGCAGAUCUUGCCGAGGUUACGUCGACGGUAAUCGAGUUUCAGGGACGUACCAGGUGCACGAUAGCAACAUGAAUCCCUUCGAUGUCUUCUGCCAUUUUGAUCAAAAUUCAACCAUGACUUGGACGCUGGUUCAGUCCUAUCAGUUUCAAAAUACUUCCUUUAGGACAUUAAGUUUCCUAUUGGAUAGCCCCGUCAACGAAAACAAGCCUCGCUGGGAUGCAUAUCGCCUUUCAAAGUCCAGAAUGCAAUCAAUCCAAGACGAUUCGAGUCAAUUUCGAAUGACCUGCAAAUACGACACAGAUGGCAUGGUCUAUCGGGAUUUCGUUCAGGCCACCAAAAGUCAGGUGGAUAUCAUGAUUGCUCCCCAGAAAUCAUACGCAUGCGCUGUUGUGGAUGCGAUUAAUGUUCGAGGUCAUAGCUGUUCAAACUGUUCCAUCAUCGAUGUUCUUCCUCGCCAACAGCCACGACGCAGACCUGGCUUGGCGGUCGGUGAUUGGGGACAGGGCCUGCAUGCCCGCGCCACUGAUCUAAAAGCUACAACUGGAUAA